AUUUUGAGUGUGUGAACGGGACUUUUAUUUUGGUGUGGCGUCAUGAUGUCAUAAGGCUGCGCCGCGCUCCUGCAUCUGUGAUUCUGCUGAAGAAAGAGUGUCCAAACACACAGAAAAACUUCUGUGCGACUGAGAUCCAUGUGACACAUUUUUAUAAAGAUGGCGUUUAUUAAAGAGGAGAUUGAAGACAUGAAGAUUGAAGAAGCGUUCAGAGUCAAACAGGAAGAUACUGAGGAACAAACAGACCUGAUCUCUCUGAAAGAGGAGGGUCAAGAACUGAACGAAAUGGAAGAGAAAAAUCAGUAUGAGAAAUGUCAUGAAUUCAUGACUUGGGAAAAAUCUUUAAGUUACUCACAGACUCAUAAAACAGAAACUAGAAACCUUAAAGUCACUGAAGAAAGUCAUUUCACCUGCCAACAGUGUGGAAAAAGUUUCAGACGAAAAGACUGCCUUAAAGUCCACAUGAAAAUCCACACGGGAGAGAAGCCUCACACCUGCGAACUGUGUGGGAAGAGUUUCUCACUAAAAGGAAAUCUUAAGACCCACAUGAGAAUUCACACUGGAGAGAAGCCGUACACGUGCGCUCAGUGUGGAAAGAGUUUUAACCAGAAAAAAAUCCUUACAGCCCACUUGAGGUUUCACACCGGAGAGAGCCCCUUCACCUGCCAACAGUGUGGAAAAAGUUUCACACAAGAACAGAACUUUAAAGUCCACAUGAAAAUCCACACUGGAGAGAGGCCGUUCGUAUGCCCUCAGUGUGGAAAGAGUUUUACACUGAAAAAAAACCUUGAUGACCACUUGAGAGUUCACACCGGAGAGAAGCCCUACACCUGCCAACAGUGUGGGAAGAGCUUCUCACAAAACGGAAAUCUUAAAAUUCACAUGAGAGUUCACACCGGAGAGAGGCCGUACACAUGCUCUCAGUGUGGAAAGAGUUUUAAACAGAAGAAAGAACUUAAUGCCCACAUUAGUAAUCACACUGGAGAAAAGCCUUACACCUGCAAACUGUGUGGAAAGAGCUUCAAACAAAAAGAAAGUGUUAAGACUCACAUGACAAUUCACACUGGAGAGAAGCUGUUUGUUUGUGAUCAGUGUGGAAAGAGUUUCACAUUUAAAACACACUUUAAUCAGCACAUGAGGAUUCACUCAGGAGAGAAAUGUUUUGUAUGUCACCAGUGUGAAAGGAGUUUCACAGACAGGAUUCACCUUGAGAAUCAUGUAAAAAUUCACAUCGGAGAGAAUCCUUACAUGUGCCAUCACUGUGGAAAGAGUUUCACAAAUAGAGAAAACCUGAAGGAUCACAUGAGAACUCACACUGAAGAGAAGCUUUUCACCUGCCCUCAGUGUGGAAAAAGCUGCACGGUUAAAGGAGACCUUAAGAUUCACAUGAGAGUUCACACUGGAGAGAAGCCUUACAAGUGUCAUCAGUGUGAAAAGAGUUUCACAGACAGGAAUCACCUUAAGAAUCAUGUAAAAAUUCAUAUCGGAGAGAAGCCCUGCAUGUGCCAUGACUGUGGAAAGAGUUUCAAAUACCGAUCAAACCUUGAGAAUCACAUGAGAAUUCACACUGGAGAGAAGCCUUUCACCUGCCCUCAGUGUGUAAAGAGCUUCACGAUGAAAGAUCAGCUUAAGAUUCACAUUAGAGUUCAUACUGGAGAGAAGCCAUUCAAGUGUCUUCAGUGUGAAAAGUUUUUCUCAACCACAGGAAACCUUAAGAGUCACAUGAGAGUUCACUCGGAAGAGAAGCUUUCACAUAUCACACAAACCUGAAACAGCAUUUGCAAACUCAUUCUGGAAAGAAAAUGGUGUGAUGAGGUUUAGAAAUAGGAGACAUUUCAGCAUCAGGGCAUUCACUCUGGAGAAACACAAUUCAAUUGUGACAACUGUAAUAAUAUCACAAGUAAAUGUGACACCGUUUGUGUCCUUUGUUAAAGAGUAUGGCAGUGGAAAAUGUGAAUCAGUUUGAAAUCAAGGCUUACAUUCGCCUCACAGCUUCAUCUGAUUGUUCACCUUCAUGACCUUUUUUUAUUUGUAUUAUUAUCUUUUAGUUAUAUCCUACAUCUCUUUAUACUUUACCUUGAGCCUUUUUCACUUUCUUUUGUGCAUAUUUACUCCAGUGGCCACACCUGACAAUCUUCUUUGCCAUAGUUUCAAAUAUUAAGCCACUGAGGUAGACACCCUUUAAUUUAGACUCUGUAGAGGUGUUGCUCAUUGUCAUGUACAUUGGCUUUUUUUGCAAUGUAUUUGUGGGGUGUUUUUUGAAUGUGCUGUAAAAGGGGGACAUUUCCGGCUCCUGUUGGGGACAAAACACCAAACACUGGGAUUGUACCUGGAAAAGGAGGAGUACUUUGCACACAUAUGAAGACCAUUCGGAAGGGCUCAUCCCUAUGCCCUAAUCCCUUUACUCUCCGGAGUGAGAGCUUCGAAGGGAUGAAGGGUGUCGGGGUGCAAAAAACUCUUUUUUGGAACGCACUUCUGCAUCAUCUUAAUGAGACAAUAAAGGAGGCGCCUUCGUUGCACAUUUUGCACACUGGUUGACCCCCCAAAAAACACGCUCUGAACUGAGUAGAUUGUGCGAGCUGCACCUUUUGUUUAAUGUUAGAUUAUUUAUUUAUUUAUUUUUGGUUUAUCGCACCAUAUUGUGUCUGUAUUUGAAAAAUUUUAAUGGACUGAUAAAGGGAGCUGUAAAGUAUUUUUGUUGAAGUACAAUGUCGUUUUGACCAUAAUAAUGUAGCAAAUCUAACUCAUAUAAAUAUUACAGUAGUAUAGAAAAAUACUAUACAUACAUUUAUAGGUAAAAUCGAACUCCGAGCCUCCUGUACCCAUUCUGUGACGCCAAACAACUUUCCUGUGCAAAGGAUCAUGGGGGCCUGAAGUGUCCAUCAGUUGUACCCUUCAAAAUCCUUCAUUCCAAAGGGCCCUUUGAAGUGGCCAGUUUUGAGCACUACCAUGAUUGUUUUCACUCCGAAGUGCCCUUCGGAGGGUGAUAUAUCCCAUUUGGAACGCACCGUACCUUAGAGGAUCUAAGCUUGUCUCCAUAUGUGUGCAAAGUACUCCUCCUUUUCCAGGUACAAUCCCAGUGUUUGGUACUGUUUGUUUCAAGAUGUAAAGUAAGUGAACCCUUUUGAAUGGGUUGCGUUUCUGCAUUAAUUACUCAUAAAACGUCAUCUGAUCUUCAUCAGAGUCAUAAGUACAGUCACACAAUGUGUUUAAGCUGACAAGCUAUUAUCUUUAAUGGGAUGUGUUCAAUAAAGACAUUACUUUCACAGUCAAAUCAAAUCUCUUUAUUGUCAAACAUCAUAUACACAAGUGCACAGGAGAUGAAAUUCUUAAGUGCAGGUCUCUGUACAUGGCAGUAUAAACAACACAAUGUAUGUACAAUUGACAAUAUACAUACAUAAUAUACACAUUAACACAAAAUACACAGUAUACACAAGGAAUAGACAGCAUAUACAGGAAGUUUACAUAUGUUAGAACCGAAUGCACUCACAGUAAUCACAGUAAUUUUCAGUAUUAGUGCAGUGUUACUUGGAUGACCCACAACUGAUUUUUGAGUUUAGUGAGUAGUUCAUGAGUCCCUUGUUUGUCCUGAGCAGUUAAACCAUACACUGUUCUUCAGAAAAUCCUCCAGGUCCUGCAGAUUCUUUGGUUUUCCAGCAUCUUCUGCCUAUUUGAAUACUUUAUAACACUGACUGUAUAGUUUUGGAUAAAUUUUGCUUUGUGUUUAUAAAGAAUUCCUCAAUAAUAUAUAGUUUAUGAUCACUAUUUUUAUUCUUAAUAUUUCCAAAUAAUUUGUUUAUUUUCUAACCAAUGCACAUCAAAAAGACUUCCACCUAGAACAUCUAAAAAAACCUUAGGCUGCUUGCUUUGUUUGACCUCAAGCGAGUGUUUACUGCAGCUACUCACAAAUCGGGUAACCAAUUGGACCUUUUCUACACAUGCUACUGCUCCACCGUUGAUAGGCUGGUUACUCCACUGCACACCUCAGACCACUUUCUCAUCAUUCUUAACUCCAACCUGGCUCCUGACAGAACACACACUCCUCCACACUCUCACUCUCCUGCCUACCCUCUAUGGAUUCAUCUACACUUCCAUCUUUACUAUUUUCAUCACUGGAUACUAAGAGUGCAACUGACAUUCUUUGGUCCACUCUAACAUCUUGCUUAGAUAAGUUUUGCCCCUUUUAUCCAGACCAGUCUGUGCCACCCCCUCUGCUCCUGGAUAUCUAAUGUUCUCUGGGAGCAUUGCUCUAGACUCAGGGCUACAGAUAUGGUGCAAAUCAAAAUACCCUACUGACCUUAGUUUGUGUCAGUCACUCCUCUCUUCCUUCUCUGCAAAUGUCUCCACUGCUUAAACGACGUACUACCACAACAAAAUUAGCAAUUCUUCUCACUCUCACAUGCCUUUCCAUAACCUUCCCCUCCUUCAUUAACUUCAACAGCCGAUGACUUUGCCACAAUCUUCAUAAAUAAAACAAUAACCAUCAGUGGCCAGUUCUCCACGCCACAAACUUGCAAGCACAUCUUAACACUCCUCCCUUCUUCUCUUCGCUCUCGGAGGCAGAAGAUUCAGAUUCAUUUCUGCCUGCCGCACCUCCAGUGGUGCCAUUUGGGCUGGCUGCAGAGUCGUCAGCUGGGAGCCACCCAUCAUUGAUGUUUCUCUCCUUUAAUCCCAGGACAUCAUGGAACAGCAGUAGGGACGUCUCCCUACCGCCCCUUGCAGCCAGCCCUAGGAUCCUUCUCUCCCCCACACCUUGUCCUUUCUCCAUAGCCAGAGCCAGAAACUCCCUUUCUCUGCCUCCUCUGCCAGAUCUUUUAAUGCCUUUGACAACCUGGUGCCUCUGACACCAAGAGACUUCAGGAGCCAUUGGAUGGAGGUUCCAGGGAAGCCUCAACAGCCAGCUUCCACUGGAUAGGUGACAGCACUCCACGCUGCCUCUGUGCACACAGCUGUUAGGUCUGCAUACUUCUUCUUCCCCUCAACGGCAGGCUCCAGGCCGUCCUCCCUGGUGGAACACUUACUGUUCUGUAUGUGACUAUGGUGGCUGGUGUCUCUAUUUCCACGUUCCAUGUAAUAGAAUCGCCAAUAAGUAUGGCUUUCAACAGGAUUCUCAGUGGGUGCGUCACUAUGUAUACUGUGUAUGUAAGUGCUAAGGAAGAUCUGGAGCUGAAAUAAAAUAUGGUAAUAGGCAUUUGUUUUCCAACGCACAAACAAAAUUAGGAACAUUUAAAGGGCAAUUAUUAUGCAAAAUCCACUUUUACAUGGUUUGGACAUAAAUCUGUGUUGGCAGUGUGUGAACACAACCACUCCACAAUGAUAAAAAUCCACCCACUCCUUUUUUUUUUAUAAAAUCCCCAUUAAACCAAAGAAGUCUCAUUAGAUAUGCUGGUUUGAUUCUCUGAGCAGUGGGACGUCACACUGCUAAGGCUCCGCCCAUGCCACUAACUGACAGUCCUGAGUUUCCACCUUCAGCAAAUUGAACAUCGCCCACCAUUUUCUCCGUGCUUGAGCAGCUGCAGCAGCAACGUCUUAAAAGCAAUCCCGGUGUUCUGUUGUUGGAUGUAAGAGUGAACAUAAGAGUCUUCAUUUUCUCCCAACAUCUGAGCCACUGAGGACGCAGUGGAUUCGUUUUAUUUUUGAAGGUAAUGCACCCCAAAUUAUUCCUAAAUUAAUUUGUCUGUGCAAAUCAUUUAACUCCAGACUGCUUUGUGAACGAGUGCCAAUGCAAAUGGACAAUACAAAACACAUGUUUUGCUAAAAAGUUGUUACUCAAGGAUGGAUCUGUACCAACUCUUUGUGAUCCAGCUUAUAGUCUCUGGAGCGAUACUGGAUAUGGCAGCAAUGAAGAGGAGAGAACGCACUUUAUUACAGUUCAUCAGAGUUGUUUUACGGAUAUAAAGUUGACCAGUUUAUUAAGCACCCCCAUCGAAUAAAAGAAUAAGGUCUGUAUAUAUUUGUUUACUGUUAGUUGUAACAAGUGUUUUUGUGUAAUGUGAUCGCUGUAUAUGUUGAUGGUAAUGCAAGGGAGAGAGAGAGUUUGGAUAAGACUUUAAUGCGCACUUUUUGUACUUUUUUAUUCAGCUCUUACAGUGAUUUUCUGGAGUGAAAAUGGACACUUCUUUUGUGUGAUGUACAAUAAACUUCAUUAAACUCA